GCCUCCGUCAUUUGUUCCUCAGUUUCUAUCAAUUCUCACGGUUCCUCAGGCACUGGACUUGGAAAAUCUGUCUUUUUCUUCUUCUUCUUUUUGUCCUCCAUCAAUCUCUCACUCCCAAAAACCGAGUAACAUCAUCAAAGAUUCAACGGCAAAGGGAUCGGUGGUCUCAAACGAUCGGCUGUGGAUGCUGAGAGAGAAUGGCCUCGACACCUUGUGCAGCUUGCAAGCUCUUGAGACGAAAAUGCACUCAAGAAUGCGUCUUUGCACCGUAUUUUCCACCAACUCAGCCUCAAAAGUUUAUCUCUGUUCACAGAGUGUUUGGAGCAAGCAAUGUAACCAAAAUCCUCAACGAUCUCCCACCUCUUAACCGCGAAGACGCUGUUAAUUCUCUAUACUAUGAAGCCGAGGCACUUAUCCGUGAUCCGAUCUAUGGAUGCGUUGGUCCCAUCUCCUUCUUACAACAGUAUCACAAGAAAAUCCAACAAGAUCUUGUCACUGCUAAAGAAGAGCUUGCAGGUUACAUUGGACCCGAUGGUAUGAUUCCGCAACAAACUUAUCUCCCUCCUCUAGCCAACAUCGCUCCACCCAGUUUCAUGAUGGCUAUGGAAGGAAUGCCACAUUGCGUGAUUCCUCAAGAAGGACCAUUGAUCAUACACGAACCAAACUUGUCUCAGCAUCAACCACAACAGCAAGAUGAGCAGAUGCCACAAGGGAUGUUCAAUGGUUAUGGAAUGGACAACAACGGGUCGGUUACAGCCACCGGGUAUAACUUUCACACUGCUGAUGGGUCGUUUUCUGGACCAUCUCUUGCUUUAGGAAGCUUUGGUGCUUAUCAGAUGGGUCAAGAGAUUGAGCAUCGUAUCAACCAUGACCAGCUUCAGACACAGCUCAUGCUUCAACCUCCAUCACAGGAAGGUCAAGAGCAAAGUGAAGGACAGUUUAUGAUGCAACCAAUGGGACAAGAGAAUCUCCAUGGAGGAGAGGAAGACCUGGAGCCGCCGGUACAAUGGAGGAGAUCUGAGAACAAGGAAGCUAGUUAUUAAAGAUCUCUUUGCAUUUUUAUCAAGAAGACAUUUUCUUUAGUUGGAUAGUUACUCUUGUUGAUCUUUUUUUCUUUCUUUAUUAACUGGCAUUAUCCAUCAACGUUUGCAUCUAGAAAAUUCAUCAUUCCGAG